CACAACGAAGCUGGUGAGGUCUCCCGUCAACGAAAGAUUUAUACGACGUCGUUAGGCUUGAGGCCUCAUCCUUCAAGGCUUCAACAAGGCGUAAAUUCUUAUCAGCGAUUAACCAUUUUGUUCCCAUUUCCUCUCUGCUCUUCCGAGUCUGCUCCAAAGCGAAGUUAGAAGCAAACCAUGAGCAAUCGCAGCUUCUUGGGAUUGGAGCUAUUAACCUCUACAACCCAAUUCUCAGUCUUCACCACCACCGCUGCCGCUGCUGCUUUCUGCUCUUUUAAUGAAAAAGUUUCACCAACAACCCUCAAAUUUCCCUCUAUAUCGUCUCCCUCUCUUUUCCCGCCCACCAAACACAGAACAAGAGCAAAAAGUCACAGCUUUAACAUCAGUUCUAAAGCAAGUGGUGUUGUAAAUGUUGAAGUGGAAAAACAAGUUGAGGUGGAAGUUGCAGAAGGGUACACUAUGACCCAAUUUUGCGAUAAGAUAAUUGAUGUGUUUUUGAAUGAGAAGCCUAGAGUUAGAGAAUGGAGAAAGUAUUUGGUGUUUAGGGAAGAGUGGAACAAGUACAGAGAAAGAUUCUACAAUAGGUGCCAAACGCGGGCUGAUAUGGAGAGUGAUCCAACUUUGAAGCAGAAAUUUACUUCACUUGCGGCUAAAGUGAAGAGGAUUGAUGAAGAAAUGGAAAAAAACUCUCAACUUCUGAAGGAAAUUCAAGACAACCCAACUGAUCUAAAUGCAAUUGUCACAAAGCGGCGCAAGGACUUCACAGGGGAGUUCUUCCGUUACCUAACCCUUCUUUCAGAAACUUAUGAUGCUUUGGAGGACCGUGAUGCAAUAGCCAGGCUAGCGACUAGAUGCUUGUCUGCUGUUAGUGCAUUUGACAGGACACUGGAGAAUGUGGAGACAUUAGAUGCUGCCCAGGCCAAAUUUGAUGAAAUUCUUAACUCUCCUUCAGUGGAUGUUGCAUGCGAAAAAAUCAAAAGCCUAGCCAAGACAAAAGAACUUGACUCUUCAUUGAUUCUAUUUAUAAACAGUGCUUGGGCAGCAGCAAAAGAUUCCACCCAUAUGAAAAAUGAGGUUAAGGAGAUCAUGUAUCGCAUCUACAAAGCCACAAAGAGCAGCCUUAGAAGCAUGGCCCCUAAAGAAAUAAAGCUACUUAAGCAUUUGCUGAACAUUGCAGAUCCUGAGGAGCGAUUUUCAGCAUUAGCAACAGCAUUCUGUCCAGGUGAUGAACGUGAAGCCAAGGACCCUUAUGCUUUAUACACUACUCCAAAAGAACUGCACAAGUGGAUUAAGAUCAUGCUUGAUGCAUACCAUCUCAAUAAGGAGGAGACUGACGUCAGGGAAGCUAAGCAGAUGACUCAACCUGUUGUCAUACAAAGGUUGUUCAUCCUAAAAGAAACUAUUGAAGAGGAAUACUUAGAUAAAACCACUUUUCAAACAGAGACAGAAGAGGAUGCUAAAUCAGAAGACUUGUGAUGUUCUGUUCAGUUUUUGUUGAUAUCUCUAUUGCCUUUCACUUUUCUGGUAGAUAGUAGUUUGUAAGAUGAUGCCUCAAUUCUGAAUUGUCAAUCAAGCCAACAACCAAACGCUUUUUUCACAUCAUAUUCUUGAAGAGCAAGGGAAACUUAGAAGAAAUUUUCCAUGAUAGUUUCUGUUGGAGGUCUAAUAUUUCUCAUGUAGGAAAUCACCUGACAUUUUUAGGUUUUUUUUCCUUCUUUCCUCUUGGAGGAGGGUUGAUGCAGCCAAGGAAAAAUUCAUAGUAGAAGCUUAGGAUUAUGGUUCAAUUUUACCGUUGAGUUUAUAGGGAAAUUAUAAAUUACUUUCUAGUUUUAGAGUUUUAUUUACGUGUCUCUUUAUAGUGUUAUUAAAUAAUAUGGAGUUUAAGAAAGCAAACAUUUGGUCU